AUGUACCAACAAACUGUAGAGUCUGUAGAGAUCGAGGAAGAGUUGUUGGAGUUCAAGUUGAUCGAACGAUGGACGUUCCUGGAAUACCUUCCGGUGAAGGCAGGCGUUCGCAAGUCCUCCAGCAGCCCAGAGCUCACCGCUCUGGAGUUCGAUCCUCACUCGACAAGGACAAGACCUGCCCAGAAAGAAACCUGGGGCCGGCAGGCCAGUGUCAGCACCGAUCGUUCCUCUGGUGCCACCUGGAGCCGACAGGAAAGUGCAGACAUCAGAUGUUUGACAUUCCACGACACUUUGGUCAAUGCUGCUUCCACGAAGUCUGACAACUCGGAUCCCAUUGCGACAGGCUUCGCCGAUCUUGCGAUUCCUGAGACUGGAUCGAGCGGAUCAGAGCUUGGUGCAGGUCAAUGGGCGAUUGCAAACCUUGUGCGUAGACCCUUCUCGCUUGAUGACUUGCAUGAUGGACUGAAAUGGACUGAAGUGGUUUUGGCGGCCGGGCGGCUGCACUCGAGGUCAGCAUUGUCACUUGUGUCCUCCCGGUGCCUUGCAGAAGAGGAAGCGGCAGCAACGCCAGUUGGUGAAGGCAUUGCGCAAAAGCACGGUGGCUUGGCAGUGACACGUACAGGUCUUCCAGCAUGGACUCGGGACGCACAACUAAUUUGCGUGGCAGAAUUGUGCGACAUCUUGUACGGCCGAUGGUUCUUCCAGUUCAGCGAUACGCAGGUGGGUUUGCCCGAGAUUUGGAACUUUUUUGUCGAUUGGAUGAAGGUUCUUGCAUCGCAUUUGCCUGCGGUGAGCAUUUGGUUGUGCACCACUUGGAACGAGCGUUCCGGUGUCCAGGGAAUGUGCCGACAAACUGUAGGGUCUGUAGAGUCUGUAGAGAUCGAGGAAGAGUUGUUGGAGUUCAAGUUGAUCGAACGAUUGACGUUCCUGGAAUACCUUCCGGUGAAGGCAGGCGUUCGCAAGUCCUCCAGCAGCCCAGAGCUCACCGCUCUGGAGUUCGAUCCUCGCUCGACAAGUACAGGACCUGCCCAGAAAGAAACCUGGGGCCGGCAGGCCAGUGUCAGCACCGAUCGUUCCUCUGGUGCCACCUGGAAUCGGCAGGUGAGUGCCACCACCGUUUGUUCCUCCAGUGCCACCUGGAGUCGACAGGAAAGUGCAGACAUCAGAUGUUUGACAUUCCACGACACUUUGGUCAGUGCUGCUUCCACGAAGUCUGACAACUCGGAUCCCAUCGCGACAGACUUCGCCGAUCUUGCGAUUCCUGAGACUGGAUCGAGCGGAUCAGAGCUUGGUGCAGGUCAAUGGUCAGUGGGAUCAGCCCUGCAUUCGCAGGGCGAUUGCAAACCUUGUGCGUAG